AAUUAGGGUCAGCUGCUUGUCAUUUUCUCUUAUGUACUAGACAUUAUCUAUUUAUGUUUACAAUCCUUAGCAAAUCAAUGUCCCUAACUGAUGAGUAAGGCUUAAGUAAAUCUGGUUCCUUUUUACAGCACAGUCAAGCAACAUAAUUAAGAGUGUUGAGCCAAGUAAGAAGUCGUGUUGUAAUUUGAGAUCACAACUGGGUUUUCUUGCAACAAUUGUGUAUGACCAUUUCACCAUGUAACUACAGGCCUUAUCUGCAUAUAUAUGAGGAACUCUUAUGGUUGCACCUUACAGCCUGCAUCAAAUAAACAAGGUUGAACCAACAUAGAACACAUAACUCUUUGUUAUCCAAGCUACAAAAAUAUGGAUUUAAAGCCCUUCUCCAAAUCCUUCCUCGCCUUCUACUGCUUUGUUCGACGGAGGUUAGGGAGUCCGCCAGGGCAGUAUAAUCACUGGCAAAGCUCGUACAACAUAUCUACCACUGCUAAGAUCAUCGAAAGAGCACCACAAGACGAUGAGCACCUCCGGAACAAAACUCUAAUCCUAGAUGUUGAAGGAGGGCUUCUGAGGUCUUCAUCUACCUUCCCUUAUUUCAUGCUUGUUGCUAUAGAGGCAGGUAGUUUCCUAAGAGGCCUCAUCCUACUAUGCCUCUACCCUUUGCUAUGUUGCCUGACACAAGAAGUAGAAUCAAAGAUCAUGGUCAUGGUGUGCUUCUUGGGGUUAAGGGAGGAGGACCUGACUAGGGUUGCAAGGGCAACGUUGCCGAAGUAUUUCCUAGAGGAUGUCGGGAAGGAGGGACUUGAGGUGGUGAGAAGGGGGAAGAGAGUGGCAGGGGUCUGUAGGUUGAUCCCUAGGGUUAUGGUGGAAGCAUUUCUUAAGGAGUAUACAGGGUUGGAGGUGGUGGUGGGAAGGGAAGUGAAGAUGAUGAAAGGGCGUUAUGUUGGUUUAUUGGAAAAGGAGAGUGAAGGAAAGCAUGGGCAGGCAAAGCUUGACGGAGAAGACAUGAUAUGGUUUGGAAGCAGCUCAAGCUAUGAUCAUCAUGAGCUUUUCUCUCGGUGCAAGGAGGUUUACUUGGUGACACCAGAAGAGAAGAGAAAAUGGUCACCCUUGCCAAGGGACCAGUACCCAAGGCCCUUGAUCUUCCAUGAUGGCAGGCUGGCGUUUUCUCCUACCCCUCAAGCCACCCUAGCCAUGUUCAUGUGGCUCCCGCUUUCCCUCCCCCUCACUGUGCUCCGAACACUUAUCUUUCUAAACCUACCAUAUCCUAUUUCAGUCGCAAUCGGGUCUGUUAUCGGAGUCACAACCCGGGUUAUCAACUCCCCUCUCACCACUGGUCAAGUGGGCUGUGAACCUCAUGACCAGCCAAGCUCACAGGGCCAUCUUUAUGUGUGCAACCACCGCACGCUCCUCGACCCAAUCUAUAUCUCAGCAAUGCUGAAUAAGCAGGUAUCAGCCGUCACAUAUAGUGUCAGCCGUGUAAGCGAGCUCCUAUCACCAAUCAGGACUGUCAAGCUAACCCGAAACCGAGAUGAGGACAGGAGGAGGAUGGAGCAGGCACUGCAGCAGGGGGACCUGGUCGUCUGCCCUGAGGGGACCACAUGCCGGGAGCCAUACCUGCUCCGGUUCAGCCCUCUGUUCGUCGAGCUCGUCGAUGAGGUCUACCCAGUGGCGCUGGUGAACUGGUCCAGCAUGUUCCAUGGAACCUCCACCGGCAAGUCUAAGUAUCUGGACCAUUUUUACUACUUCAUGAACCCACGUCCGGCUUAUGACGUUCAGUUCAUGGACAAGAUGCCAACCAGGAUGAUGAUCGAAGGGAAGAGAUGUGAGAGCUACGAGGUGGCCAACCUGAUGCAGGGUGAGAUUGGUAAUGUUCUUGGGUUUCAAUCAACCAAGCUCACCCGUAGGGACAAGUACUUGACGCUGGCAGGAAAUGAAGGGCUUGCUGAUGAAAAGCAGUGAAGUUCCUAAAUUGUGAACAUAUCACGUUGCUAGCUUGUGACAGUGAAAUCAUAUGUGUUUGUCAUGUAUAACAUCUGAGAAUUUUAUAGAUUGCUUUUAAGUUUUAUACAUGUGCACAACUUCAGGAGAUCUCAUUGUGUGUUCUUAGAGAGAUAAGAGUUACAUUUUGUUGGAUUAUUAAGAGAACUUAUGAACUUAUGUACUGAA